GUGAACACACACACACACACACACACACACACACAGUAUCUGAGCCUCAUCACUUUAGUUUCUCUUUUACCGAUCAUCGUGUCGCAGAUCAUUUUCUCCAUCUGAAGGUGAAGGUAGAAAGUGUGUGUGAGCUGAUGUGGAUGUGAAUGGAGCAGCAUGAAUCAGAGUGAGGACAGAGAGGAGGGAGUCCCUCCCUCUAAAACCACUGUGCAGCAGCACUCAACACACUCUCCUGGACCUGGACCUGGACCUGGAUCCAGCUGUGUGUCCAUGAGGAGCAACCAAUCCAUUGAACCUCCUCUGCAUUUUAGAAAGUCUGUUGAUGGAAGUUUCAGGAUCCAGCAGCAGAGACCAGACUCUCCUGAACCCAGCUGUCUGUCUUUAAAGAGCGACGAUUCGAAGGAGUGGUUCACUGAUUUUAAAGGACAACAGUCCUCUACAAAGAGGAGGAAACUGGAAGAACCUGAACCCAGCUGUUUGUCCAUGAAGAGUGACCUAUCGAAGGAUGCUGUUUUUAACUUUAAAGGGCGACGUCCAUCAGCUGAUCAGAUAGUGGACCAGGAGAGCUCAGAGGUUCCCAGUGGUCAGUCUGCCCAGCAGCAUCAAACACACCUGGACUCCAUAUUUAUGCGGCUGGAGGAGAACAUCGUCACUUUUGUGAAGAACGAGCUGAAGAAGAUCCAGAAGGUUCUGAGUCCAGAUUACCCAGAAUGCUUAGAGAGUCAGAGGGAGGAUGAGGAGGUGUUGGACGGUGAGGAUGAGGAGCAGAGGAGGAGCAGCAGAGAGGAGUUUCUGAAGAUCACACUGAACUUCCUGAGGAGAAUGAAGCAGGAGGAGCUGGCUGACUGUCUGCAGAGCAGAUCCCCUGUUAUGUGUCGGCCUCGACUCAAAGCUAAGCUGAAGGAGAAGUUCCAGUGUGUGUUUGAGGGGAUCUCUAAAGCAGGAAACCCAACCCUUCUGAAUCAGAUCUACACAGAGCUCUACAUCACAGAGGGAGGGACUGGAGAGGUCAAUGAUGAACAUGAGGUCAGACAGAUUGAAACAGCAUCCAGGAAACCAGACAGACCAGAAACAACCAUCAGACAAGAAGACAUCUUUAAAGCCUCACCUGGAAGAGAUGAACCAAUCAGAACAGUGAUGACAAAGGGAGUGGCUGGCAUUGGGAAAACAGUCUUAACACAGAAGUUCACUCUGGACUGGGCUGAAGACAAAGCCAACCAGGACAUACACUUCACAUUUCCAUUCACUUUCAGAGAGCUGAAUGUGCUGAAAGAGAAAAAGUUGAGCUUGGUGGAACUUGUUCAUCACUUCUUUACUGAAACCAAAGAAGCAGGAAUCUGCAGGUUUGAAGAGUUCCAGGUUGUGUUCAUCUUUGACGGUCUGGAUGAGUGUCGACUUCCUCUGGACUUCCACAACACUGAGAUCCUGACUGAUGUUACAGAGUCCACCUCAGUGGACGUGCUGCUGACAAACCUCAUCAGGGGGAAACUGCUUCCCUCUGCUCGCCUCUGGAUAACCACACGACCUGCAGCAGCCAAUCAGAUCCCUCCUGAGUGUGUUGACAUGGUGACAGAGGUCAGAGGGUUCACUGACCCACAGAAGGAGGAGUACUUCAGGAAGAGGUUCAGAGAUAAGGCCAGCAGGAUCAUCUUCCACAUCAAGACCUCACGAAGCCUCCACAUCAUGUGCCACAUCCCAGUCUUCUGCUGGAUCACUGCUACAGUUCUGGAGGAUGUGUUGAAAACCAGAGAGGGAGGAGAGCUGCCCAAGACCCUGACUGACAUGUACAUCCACUUCCUGGUGGUUCAGACCAAACUGAAGAACAUCAAGUAUGAUGGAGGAUCUGGGACAGAUCCACACUGGAGUCCAGAGAGCAGGAAGAUGAUUGAGUCUCUGGGAAAACUGGCUUUUGAGCAGCUGCAGAAAGGAAACCUGAUCUUCUAUGAAUCAGACCUGACAGAGUGUGGCAUCGAUAUCACAGCAGCCUCAGUGUACUCAGGAGUGUUCACACAGAUCUUUAAAGAGGAGAGAGGACUGUACCAGGACAAGGUGUUCUGCUUCGUCCAUCUGAGUGUUCAGGAGUUUCUGGCUGCUCUUCAUGUCUGUCUGACCUUCAUCAAGUCUGGAGUCAAUCUGCUGUCAGAAGAACAACCAACCUCCCAGAAGUCUGAAACAAGAAUAGAUGAAUCUGCAGAGACACAUUUCCACCAGAGAGCUGUGGACAAGGCCUUACAGAGUCCAAAUGGACACCUGGACCUGUUCCUCCGCUUCCUCCUGGGUCUUUCAGUGCAGACCAAUCAGACUCUCCUACGAGGUCUGCUGACACAGACAGGAAGUGGUUCAGGGACCAAUCAGGAAACAGUCCAGUACAUCAAGAAGAAGAUUGAAGAGACUCCCUCUGCAGAGAAAAGCAUCAACCUGUUCCACUGUCUGAAUGAACUGAAUGAUCGUUCUCUAGUGGAGGAGAUCCAACAGUACCUGAGUUCAGGAAGUCUCUCCACAGAUAAACUGUCUCCUGCUCAGUUGUCUGCUCUGGUCUUCAUCUUACUGUCAUCAGAAAAUGAUCUGGACGUGUUUGACCUGAAGAAAUACUCUGCUUCAGAGGAGGCUCUUCUGAGGCUGCUGCCAGUGGUCAAAACAUCCAAGAAAGUUCUACUGAGUGGCUGUAACCUCUCAGAGAGAAGCUGGUAUGCUCUGUCCUCAGUUCUCAGCUCAGAGUCCUGUAGUCUUAGAGAUCUGGACGUGAGUAACAAUGACCUGCAGGAUUCAGGACUGAAGCUACUGUUAGCUGGACUGGAGAGUUCACACUGUGCACUGGAAACUCUCAGUCUGUCAGGCUGUCUGAUCACAGAGGAAGGCUGUUCUUCUCUGGUCUCAGCUCUGAGCUCCAACCCCUCCCAUCUGAGAGAGCUGGACCUGAGCUACAAUCAUCCAGGAGACUCAGGAGUGAAGCUGCUGUCUGCUGGACUGAAGGAUCCAGACUGGAGACUGGACACUCUCAGGGUGGAGCCUGGUGGAGUCCGAUGGUUGACACCAGGUCUGAGGAAGUAUUCCUGUCAACUCACAUUCGACAUAAACACAAUAAACACAGAGAUAAAACUGUCUGACAACAACAGGAAGGUGACGUAUGUGGAGGAGGUUCAGCCAUAUCCUCAUCAUCCAGACAGAUUUGACCACUGGCAUCAGCUGCUGUGUAGAACUGGUCUGACUGGUCGCUGUUACUGGGAGGUCGAGUGGAGAGGAAGGGUUUAUAUAGCAGUGAGUUAUGGAGGAAUUGGAAGGAAAGGAGACAAAGAUGUCUGCAGGUUAGGAAAGAGCGAUCAGUCGUGGAGUCUGUACUGCUCUGAUGGUGGUUACUCUGUCUGGCACAAUAAGAAAGGAACAUCUGUCUCCCCUUCCUCCUCCUCCUCCUCCUCAUCGUCCUCCUCCUCCUCUUCUUUCGCUUCUGGUAGAGUAGGAGUAUAUGUGGACUGUCCUGCUGGCUCUCUGUCCUUCUACAGAGUCUCCUCUGACUCAUUGAUUCACUUCUACACCUUCAACACCACAUUCACUGAACCUCUGUAUCCUGGGUUCGGAUUCUCGUGGCCUGGUUCUUCAGCAUCUCUGUGUUUAGUGUAGCAGAGUCUCCUCCUGUCAGAGAUUCUCUGUUGAACAGGUUGUUCAGUCUGUUCAUGUCUGUCUCUUUCAGAUUAAUGGUUUAAAUCAGUAUUUAUUAUUUAUAAAACCUCUUCUUCUUCCAGUCCUUUAAAAAUGAAGGUUACAGUUAUUACAGCAUAAAAAUGUUGCUGCCUGUUUAGUUUUUUUUUUUCAAGAUUCUGACCAUUGUUAUUUUGUCUUUGCACAAUAAAAGCCUCACUGUGAAUGUCA